AUUUGUUUAAAUACAAAUUAAAUAAAAAAUAAAUAAAUCAAAUAAAUGUCAAUUAAAGAGGGAGAGAGGCGCAUGAUUUGAUUUAUUUAAUCAAAUAUUUAUUUUUAAAGACCAAAAGAAAAGAUUGAGAGAUAAUUGGUAAAAUUGAAGACAAAUAUAGAAGAUUUUUAUAAUUUCAAGUCUCUUUCCAAAUCUUAUCACAAUCUUCACAAAUUUGCAAAGAUUUAAGCUGGAAUUAUUAACCUAAUUGGUGGCAAUAUAAAACCAUAAGAUGCUGAAGCCAAAAGGGGGGUUUUUGGGGACAAGGAUUGGCAACCGAGGGCUUCAACCGAAUCCUAAAAAAUUUCAAGGAAAAGGUCAAAAUUGAGAUCAAGAUUGCGGCCGUGUUCAAGGUGAUUUGAAGACUUCAAUCGAUCCCUUGGCGUUCCCAUAAGCUAUUACCAUCGUCACCUUCGACCGAAGCACUCAUAAUUGUGAGACAUCAUGGAUCUUGAACAAUCUGUCAAAAAUCUCCAAGCUCAGAAUGUUGAAUUCCAAGCUUUGAUCCUUAACUUGGCCAAGGGGCAAGAAGAAUUAAAGUCUCUUCUGAUCGAGAAGGGGAAGAAUCAACAUAAGCAUCAAGGUGGUCAAGAUAAUCAGAGAUCCAAGCCUAAGAGGUCCUUUACUCCAUUACAUAUACCGCUGUCUCAAGUUCUCCAACAACUGCUCAAUCAGAACUUGAUAACUCUGUUACCUCCAUAUUCAUUUCCUACCAAUCCCACUCCUGGGUAUAAGUACCGUGCGAGAUGUGCUUAUCAUUCGAAUAGUCCUGGUCAUGAUACAAAGGAUUGUUGGCAAUUGAAGCACAAGAUUCAAGACUUAAUUGAUGAAAAGGUCGUUGACUUCAACUCACCCGAGGAACCUCACUUGACUAAUGCUGUGCACAAUCGGAAAGGUCGCAAUGAACACAACAAAUCUGUGAGGACAAUUCUGAUCUCUACACCAGUUCCACAACAAAGACGCAAGUCAGAUGCACCUAGGCGUCAGUUCACAGAGAUCAACAUGUCGUUGGCUCAGGCAUUACAACAUUUGUUGAAAGCAAACUUGAUUACUGUGAGGGAUCCUCUUAUAAAGCCCAACACUUCCUCUCCUGACUAUAAACCCAAUGCGAGGUGCGCAUAUCAUUCCAAUAGCCCUGGACACGAUACGAAUGAUUGUUGGUCAUUGAAGAACAAGAUCCAAGAUAUGAUCGAUGCUGGUGAAAUUGAAUUCCCUCAUCCCAAGACUCCUGUAGUGAUCACUACUCCUAGGCAUAAUCACGACAAGACUGAUUAAUAUUUAAAGUGGAUGAGCUUUUAAUCAUUAGCUUUACUUUCAUUUGCAAUUUCUAUUCUGUUUGUUUAAACAUUCGAAUUAUGAUAGACAUUAACAAUUUUAAUAAUCAUCAUCAGUGCAUUGCAUAUGUUUGUCUUGAAUAAAUUAUUUCGCUAUCACUCAUUUUAAAUUAUGUCUUUACUCUGCAUAUGUUUUGUGAUAUUCAACUCCUGCUAAGUUGUAAGCCUCUUGAGGGAGGAUGACGAAAACGAUACCGCAACCUCAUACAGUAUGCUUUUGAACGGACUAUGCUGACGAUGUACAGGCAUUUGUUCAAUUCCUAAAUAGUGGAGAUAUAAGGAUGUUAAUCCCUCGUCAACCCCUUUGAGCCUAAGAAGUAGAAGUUUCUUUCUUGUACUAAUCAAAACCCUUUGAUCAUAACCUGGGGCAGGGUAGUUCUCGGUUAAUUUGGUUGUGCAUUCUAUUUUAAGAGAAUCAUUCAGUAUACCUUUCAACAAAGGUUUCAAUCACAAGUGUUCAUCCGCACACAUCAAAUAAGCGUUGGAGAUGACAGUCAAAAGACAAUGAUGGUUCAUCAAUCAUUAAGCAAGGCAGUCAAUAUCUUUCAAAAAAAAAGAUGAAAAAACAUAUAUACAAAGAAAAGCCAGCUAAGUCAAAAAUAAAAAAAAUGACUUAGGCAAAAUCAAGGCAUCCCGCUGGCUGUAAUCUCAAAAAUAAACAGUUCAGGCAAAAGUUAGGGAUAUCAAAAGAUGAAAAGAGAGAAGUCAAUAAAUUACUGAACAACACAAUGUUGUGACUACCAAAAGGAAGAAGUGACUGCCAUCUUAAAAGUUCUCUUUGCUUGGGAACCAUCAUCAUUAUCGAAUGUGCAAAUCCAAAAGUCUCUUGGAACCUGAAUGCAUAAGUUGAAUUAACUGAGCUUAGGACUGAAGAACAUCACGAAGAAGGGGAUGGGUAUAAAUAAAUUUUGAGCCAUUAUCCUUUGUUUCUUAAACCGUGAACCAAGCCACGUUACAACCCUUAAAAGUCCUAACUGAAGCAUGGUUAGUUCGAAAGCAUACUGUCACCAAAAAGGUAUCCCGACUCCUUAAGGUUUACUACAAAUGCUAAGUUGAUAUCCUGUUUUCUACAAAAAUAGCAUGUUUUUACAAAUAUCACGCUUUUACAUCUCUUGUUUUAAUGUUUUUUCAAAAACUCAAGACAGACGUAUGCAUUGCAUCUCAUGAAUUCAUUAUUAAGCACAUUCUGCUACAUAAUUUCAAAUGUUAGCAUCAGAACGAAUUUGCACAGGGUAUGGCUAAUGACUGAAAGUUAUCCCGACAAACAAAAUUACUCCAAGAAGCCAUGUCUCUUACGUAUACAAGGGGCAUGACAUGUUUUGUCCAAUCAAUCUGGGGCAAUCAAGUCAAAAUUCCAAGAAUAUCUCAUGGAUGCUCGAACAAUCAGGGGCAUGCAUCCAAGUAUAUCUAGAGCUACUCCCCAAUCAACGUAAGACAUUGUCAUGAGCCUAUGAUUACUAGGGGCAUAUCGCUCAUAGUGCACAUCUCAUAGAGUCCUCAUGAGGCGAAUCUUUCCAAAAGUUCCUACUAACUGGGGCAAAUCUAUGCAAGUCCAGUUCAACAUCUUGAUCAAUACUCAGUGGCGUGUCCUGAAUCGAGUAGUAAGCUACUAUGAUACUGGGGGCAACUUUCAAGACAUCCACAUCUCCCCACAGAGCCAGGUUCAUAAGAUCACAUCCCCACAAAGUAAUCAUUAAGAAGAUAUCUUCAAAAGUUCUCGUCCCGACACAGAUAUGGAUCCCCAACAGAGUUUACAUCUUCAACACUGUUGUUUCUCCAACACCUUGCUCUUUUCCAACAUGGUUUAUUAAUGUCUUUAUUCCCAAUCAGGGUACAUCAAGUUACUGAUCAUCCCCAAGCAAGAAUUAUAAAUCCCCAGUUGUACUUCCUCAAGACAAAAUCAAACGACAAAAUCACAAUGAUACAGAGAUUUAUUUUCUCGAGAUACUCCAAAUAGCAUAAAUCAUGUUCAUACAUCAUGUAUCAUAGUAACUUCAUACAUAACAUACAUACGCCUUAUUACAUAGGCAUAACACUCUCAUUCAUUUCAAAAUUACAAUGCAUGCAUCACGGCAUUGCAUAAAACUAAUAUUUCUUUUUCAGCCUACUUCUACAAUCAAAUAAACAUUGUCUUCUAGAUAUAGUGCAGAUAUAAUAAAGUCAACGAUUUAAUUCUGACACUCAUUCAAGACAGAGAUUUAAUUUUGAUACUUAAUUUUGGGUUUCCUCCAGAGAUAGUUCAGAAAUAAUCAAGACAGAGAUUUAAUUCUGAUACUUAAUUUUGGGUUUCCUCCAGAGAUAGUUCAGAAAUAAUCAAGACGAAGAUUUAAUUCUGAUACUUAGUUUUGGGUAUUCUCCAGAGAUAGUUCAGAAAUAAUCAAGACAAAGAUUUAAUUCUGAUACUUAGUUUUGGGUAUUCUCCAGAGAUAGUUCAGAGAUAAUCAAGACAAAGAUUUAAUUCUGAUACUUAGUUCCGGGUAUUCUCCAGAGAUAGUUCAGAAAUGAUCAAGACAAAGAUUUAAUUCUGAUACUUAGUUCCGGGUAUUCUCCAGAGAUAGUUCAGAGAUAAUCAAGACAGAGAUUUAAUUCUGAUACUUAACAGUUCAGAGAUAAUCAAGACAGUUAUUUAAUUCUGACACUUAAUUUUGGGUAUCCUCCAAAGAUAGUUCAGAGAUAAUCAAGAUAGAGAUUUAAUUGUGACAAUUAUUUCGAAAAUAGUUCAGAGAUAAUCAAGACGACGAUUUAGUUCUGAUACUUAGUUUCGAGCAUCCUCCAUGAAUAGUUCAAAAGACUUAGAUCUAAUUCAGUUACUACGAACGGUGCUGACAUGAUCAAUCUCCAAUAAAUUUUCUCUCAAGGCUCGAUAGCAUCUUCAAGCCCAUCUCCGAAAAGGUCCCUACUUCAGCUAGGGCAAAUUCCUGGGUAUUCUAGUGUUCAAUCCUCUUCUACCUUUAGAUUUCGACAGGCACACACGCCAGUCUACAUCUUCAGGUUUAAGAAGAUUGAACAGGGGCAGCUGUCAUACCCCAAAAUUUGUCUUUCAGAUUCUUUUUAAGCGUGCAAAUAGAAAUGAAGUCCAUUAAACUUAAGUUGAUCCAGACCCAUGAUCUCUAAACCCACCUUGCAUUAGUUACAUUAUUUAUUUUAUUUGUUUUGGAUUUUAUUUGUUUAAAUACAAAUUAAAUAAAAAAUAAAUAAAUCAAAUAAAUGUCAAUUAAAGAGGGAGAGAGGCGCAUGAUUUGAUUUAUUUAAUCAAAUAUUUAUUUUUAAAGACCAAAAGAAAAGAUUGAGAGAUAAUUGGUAAAAUUGAAGACAAAUAUAGAAGAUUUUUAUAAUUUCAAGUCUCUUUCCAAAUCUUAUCACAAUCUUCACAAAUUUGCAAAGAUUUAAGCUGGAAUUAUUAACCUAAUUGGUGGCAAUAUAAAACCAUAAGAUGCUGAAGCCAAAAGGGGGGUUUUUGGGGACAAGGAUUGGCAACCGAGGGCUUCAACCGAAUCCUAAAAAAUUUCAAGGAAAAGGUCAAAAUUGAGAUCAAGAUUGCGGCCGUGUUCAAGGUGAUUUGAAGACUUCAAUCGAUCCCUUGGCGUUCCCAUAAGCUAUUACCAUCGUCACCUUCGACCGAAGCACUCAUAAUUGUGAGAGUAAGAUCACGUUUUUGGUCUGUUCAAAUUCGAUUGCGUUUUCAUAUAUGCAUCCAUCAUUACUGUGUUUCGAUUACCUUGUGUGGUUUAAAUGCUUGUUUAUGACGUUUUUAUAUGCUUCUAUUUGAGUUUCGUUGCGAGGUUGUGAAUAUACCAUUGCUAGGUUUUCAAAAGCUUCAAAUUGGGAACCAUGGAUAUAGGCAAAAUUAGACUUAAUGGACAACACCAUUGAAACCGGAACACGAAUUCCAAUCGAACCAUGGCUUCGCCUUGAGUUUAUAUGGCAUAUACUGUAAUUUUGAUGUUGCAGGAUUUAUAGCUACACCGGAAAAACCGUAGGCAAAAGGUCUUUGAUUUUUCAGAAAAUGCAGCGAGGAAGACGACUGAAGGCGCGCGUUUGCGAAUUUGAAUCGUUCACUUUUUGUUUAUUAACGUAUGCGUGGUUUAGAUAAACAUGAAACGAAGCGUAGCGCAGGUGGCGAAGGGAACGUGUUCGCAAGUUACCAGACCUGGGUUCGAUCCCCAGGUUUUAUUAUUAUUUUUUCAAUAAUUUGAUUGCAGAUCCAAUGCUUCUCCUCUGGCGCGCUUACGAUGUACAUUCGAUCUCCAGCCGUCAGAUCAAGUCGACCUCAGAUCCAACGCAUCUCAAUCUGCCAACCCACAAUGGCCCUUCAAGACCUCCUUACGCCAGAUCCAAGCUAAGUGGCUUUGCUUUUUUAUAUUAUUUUUCUUUAAUUAUCACAUAAAUGUUUUUUUAACUUCCUUUUUUAUUUAUUAUAAUUAUUAUUUCUUUUCUAUUCAUUUAUUUAGUCUAAUUAGUUCUUAUAAUAGACGCAUGAUUUUUAUCGAAAGU